GUGUCAUUCCUUAGUCAAACGAGUAACAGCGAGGCUGGGUUUGUUAUGAAGUGACAUCACCCUCCUCCUUUCCUUUCAGCCCUAUAGCCUUUCUCCUCCUCGCAUGCAAUAGUGAACGAUCGCGGCGCAGUUCAACUUCUUGGCGUUAAAUCGUAGGGGGCUGGGCAAAAACAUUUCACAAUGAACAACGGCUUCCUGAACAUGGCGUCUAUAGGAGAUUUCGACUCUCUUCACACCAAUAUCCCCGCCACCAGAGUUGAAAUCACAGUAUCAUGCAGGAAGCUGUUGGACAUGGAUACCUUCUCCAAAUCGGACCCACUCUGUGUGCUGUACACGCAAGGAGUCGGCAGCCAGGAGUGGAGAGAGUUUGGAAGAACUGAAGUCAUUGACAACACCCUGAACCCAGACUUUGUGCGGAAAUUUAUGCUGGACUAUUUCUUUGAGGAGAGGCAGAACCUGCGAUUUGACCUGUACGAUGUCGACUGCAAGAGCGCCAACCUGUCAAAGCAUGACUUCCUGGGACAGGCCUUCUGCACCCUGGGGGAGGUGGUCGGGUCGCUGGGAAGCCGGCUGGAGAAGCCCCUGGGAGGAUUUUUUGGACCAAGACCGUUUGCGGAUGGACGUACGCGGCUGGACCGAAUGUUAAGACAGAAAUGGUGCCAAGCUGGCCUGUUGUACAGGGGGAUUCCGGGGAAGAGGUGCGGGACGAUCAUCGUGAAGGCAGAGGAGAUCAACAACUGCAGGGAGCUGGUGCUGAUGCAGUUCUGCGGGAACAAACUGGACAAGAAGGACUUCUUCGGAAAAUCCGACCCUUUCCUCGUCUUCUACCGCAGCAACGAGGACGGGACGUUCACCAUUUGCCACAAGACAGAAGUGGUGAAGAACACACUGAAUCCUGUGUGGCAGGCCUUCAAGAUCCCAGUCAGAGCCCUCUGCAACGGAGACUACGACAGAACGAUCAAGGUGGAGGUUUACGACUGGGAAAGAGGCGGCAGGUCGAGCGACAGCCAAAUCGCAAGCCACGACUUCAUCGGAGAGUUCACCACCAGCUACAGGGAGCUGUCCCGGGGGCAGUCGCAGUUCAACGUGUACGAGGUGAUAAAUCCGAAGAAGAAAGCGAAGAAGAAAAAAUACCUAAAUUCUGGAACGGUGACGCUGCUGUCCUUCCUUGUUGAGACCGAGGUCACGUUCCUGGAUUACCUGAAAGGGGGGACGCAGAUCAACUUCACCGUGGCGAUCGACUUCACGGCCUCCAACGGUCACCCGGCCCAGCCCACGUCGCUGCACUACAUGAGCCCCUACCAGCUGAACGCCUACGGCAUGGCGCUCAAGGCCGUGGGCGAGAUCAUCCAGGACUACGACACCGACAAGAUGUUCCCGGCGCUGGGCUUCGGCGCCAAGCUUCCCCCGGACGGCCGCGUCUCCCACGAGUUCGCGCUGAACGGGAACCCGCAGAACCCCUACUGCGCCGGGAUCGACGGCGUGAUGGAGGCCUACUACCAGAGCCUGAAGAGCGUCCAGCUGUACGGCCCCACCAACUUCUCGCCCGUCAUCAACCACGUGGCCAGGUACGCCGCCUCGGUGGAAGACGGCACGCAGUACUUCAUCCUCCUCAUCAUCACCGACGGGGUCAUCUCGGACAUGGCGCAGACCAAGGAGGCCAUCGUCAACGCGGCUUGCCUUCCCAUGUCAAUCAUCAUUGUGGGCGUCGGCCCGGCGGAGUUUGACGCCAUGGUCGAGUUGGACGGAGAUGAGGUCCGGAUUACAUCGAGAGGCCGACGUGCGGAGAGGGACAUCGUCCAGUUCGUCCCGUUCAGAGACUACGUGGACCGGACGGGGAACAGCGUCCUGAGCAUGGCCCGGCUGGCCAAGGACGUCCUGGCCGAGAUCCCCGACCAGUUCCUGUCCUACAUGAGAACCAGGGGGUUCAAGCCUCAGCCUGCGCCCCCCCCAUAUACGCCACCGGGGGAGCUGCAUACACAGAUCUGACACACACACACACACACACACACACACACGAAUACACACAUACAUUAGGGUGACCAGAUGAGGGGAAAAAAUCGGGACAACGUCCACUCUGUGACCUAACAUAGGCCGUUGUACAAACUGAAAUGCGGACUUGUACAUGUUAUUAAUUUUAAAUGUAGAAACGUGAGUAAGCUGAAACUUAUUAUUUAUGCGCCACACUAUUUUAUUUUCUGAAAUUAAAAUAUGUUUUAUGUUGAAGUUUUUAACAUAAUAGCGUAAAUUUUUGUAGACGUUGUAGUCCUACAUGGUCAAGCUUCCGUCCAACGUUUCUCCAGCUUUCAAGAGAAUGGCGCGUAUUGAGUUUGAAGUUCGAGGCUGCUGUUCUUUGCCUGUCAGUCAGUCUGUUAGCUCCGCCCUCUGGCUCUGUCAUUGCUUGCCGUGUUAGCUCCUCCCUCUACUCACAACUUAAUGUGUGAUAGUUUCCUUUUAGAAAGGUUUCACUACCUGCGCAGGCUGAAUCAUCUUAAUCACUGCUAUUAUAAACGUUAUCAUUAUUACUUGUUUAAUUGUAAUUCAUUAAUAGGCCGAUAUUCACUGAGUUUGCUUUGUUCAGUUAAACAAUGCUGCGGAACACCUUUUUCUUUCAACUAGGCCGAGACAAAUGCAUUUUAAUUGCAUGUGAGUAAUUAUGCCAUUGAUAGAUUUUGACAAAAGAAAAAUCUCCCGCAAGGCUGCCUAACGACAUCAGAAUUUAAAGGCAAAAUCUGUCCAAUAAUCGAGGCAAACGCUGUCCUGACUGUAGAGGUGUCGGGACAAAGGACGCGUGCUCAAAAAUUGGGACCGUCCCGAUUUUUAAAAAUGUUUUAUCGGGACGUCUGGUCACCCUAACCACACACUUGGCGCGCUUGAUGGAGUCGGGGUCCGGGGAGCCCCCCUGCCUGCCCCUCUUGUGCUGUGGGGAGUCGGAGUGGGCGGAGCCGCUGGAAGCGCGCUCGCUUCCAUAUAAGGCGUUUCCUGGCCGUGACUCCGCCCCCAAAGACGGGGGACAGCCACAGGACAGAGGAGGACCAGGCCCGUCACUGCCCACCUCUGCGAAACCCUAUCGACUGUUGUAAAUAACCUCCGGAAUGCAUUCACGCGUUUCUCUCUUCUAUUUCUUCCCUUUCUUUGCUCUUUCUCUUUCUUCCUCUUCUCUCUCUCUCUCUCUCUGAAUGUUUACAUGUUUAUGAACAUUUCUACAGUUGGAAACUUUUAUAAUUCUAUUUAAAACUUUGGACUAACUGUAUUUCUUACGUUGCCGUAGCAACUGGGGUGACAGGUAGCCAUUUUUGUUUCAUUUUUAAACCAGCCGUAGUAAAGACUCCAUGGAGCAUGUGCAGUUGCUCUUUGCUAAGACGGUUGUGUAUCGAACCUUGCAGCGUGGUAAAAAAAAAACAAACAAAAGAACCUCCCCCCCACCUCUCUCUCUCUCUUCGUCUUUAAUUGUGCAAAGGUGAGAAGUGGUCACGGAUUCCUUUUUUUUUUGUUCAUGUGGAACAACGGAAACUCAGCUAGCCUUAAACUCCGUCGUCGUAACCGAACAGUAGCUACGCUCCGAUAGGAUUCGCAGCAAGGGCCCAAUUGUCAAAAACAACACUUUAAUUCAUUAUAUAAAAAUGUUCUGUCAUUUUGUCUUGACUGUAGCCAAUUGUAGUUUAACAACAAGUUUUUAAUAAGCUCAUCAUAUUUAAUUUUUUUUUUUUUAAUUAUUAUUGUUUUAAUGCGAGUAUUGUGAGCAUAAAGGCCUGAAUAUACCAAUUUGCCAAAACAUCUCGUCCGUUUGGUAUUCCGAUGUCUGGUCACGUACUUUGACGGGAGGUCACGUGGUUUUACCUGAGCUCUGAGCUGUGGUGCGAAAGCAAAACUUUAAAAGCCAAAAGGAAAAUGUCGUUCUCACUUUUUGAAUUCAUCACAUUUUUGUCGUUGUCGUACUCAGCACUGACGAUCACAAGAAGUCCACUGCUUGUAAUCUCACGAGAUCACGUGCCAUUUCUAAAAUCAGCCCUGUCUUGUCUCCCCCUGAGAGUGCCUGUACGAUAGUCGACGAUACCCUUUUUCUAUGUGCGUGCGUGCGCGCGUGUGUGUGGGUGUGUGCGCCUGUAUAUAUAGGCCUACACACAACAUGCAUAAGCGGAAUGAGAGGCUGGCUACUGUCGCCUUGCAGUGAGAUUUUUUUUUUCCUGUUUGAACCGGUUCCUUUUAAAAAAAAAAAAAACACACAAAAAAACAUUACCUAACGAAGGCAUUUUGAGACGAGCGUAUCAGCUCAGACUCCUAGCUGCGCACACUUCCACGCGCGCACAACCGCAAAAGUGCAUUUGCUGAAGCUGGGUGCGACUGUGUUUCCGCGAGCGCACUGAUUUAAACCAUCGGCCUUUAGAACUUCCCGUGCGUUCUUCGAAUCUCGGACGUCGUUUGCAAAGGUAUUGGAUCUGCUACUUGUUACUUUUUAUGCAGACGCGGACGAUAUUCGCACGUUUUGCCGGUAUUAAAACGUGCGAAUGUGGUUCGCCGUUUUUUUUUUUUCCAAGUCCCAUUACAUGUGACCGCAUGUGAGCCAAUCAGGUUUACUCUGACCGCCCAUGUGACCUUGCACAAUUUUGUUUACUGAUGAUAUCCAAAUAAUCAAAUGCUUGUAAUGUCUUAUAUUAACGUGCACUAAGGUUUGCAUGUGUGAUUUUAUGGGAGAUGCACCAGUUCUGUUUCUCUUUUGGUGAAAAAUGUGCAUUUCUUUGAUUAAGACAGUAAAAAAUGGCCUUAAAUUAUCACUGAAUUCUUGGAAUUGUGGAAUGCCUUCAGUUGUUCAGUGAAUCUCUUUUGUGUUAGUAUUCAGUUUAUUUUUAAUGUAUAUUUUCUUUGCACAACCUCAUGUAUGGAAAAUAAAUACACUGUUGUACUUUUGAAAAUAGUGAUUAACUGGCAAAAGCAUGACUGGAAGUAUAUAUCAAACCAUUGCCUGAUUGUCUGAUAAUCUAUAUUAUAACAAAAACUUUUUCUGUAACAAAAUAUCAAUUUUUAAAUAAACGUUCUUACUAAACACA